GUAGACGGUGACAAAACGAGAAGAAAAAGACUCAAGGUCGUCAGUGCCUGUGGCGAAUGCAGAAGAAAAAAGACUAAAUGCAAUGGAGAGAAGCCCUGCGCUGGCUGUUUAAAAGCUCAUGUCGAAUGUAAAUAUGUCUUUACCCAGAAACCCAACAUGUCAACCGCAAAAAUUAUUCCUAUUCAAGAAAAGGCGCCUUCUUCUCCUUCUUCCUCCAGUUCAGAAACACAACCCAACUCGAUUGAAUCAAUAGAGGAACGUUUGGGUGCCAUUGAGAAUAUUUUACGGACUUUGCUCGUAAACAAUCAACAACAACAACAACAACAACAACAACAACAACAUUCCGAUUCUUUAUGCGGGGAUAUGUAUUCAUCUUCUUCUCCUCAUUUAGUGCAUGCUCCUCAUACCCAAAAUAGGCGUCUAGCACGGGAAAAGAGGAAACGGCAUGAAGAUGAUCAAGAAGGUGUGACAGAAACUAAAAAAUCCAUUCGGGACGAUUUCGGUCACGGGUAUAAUAAGCUUCAACUUGCUCCUAUCAAAAUCAUGAAUCCCGGUACACCAACUAUACGAAACCUACUUAACCAAGAUGAU